CGUGUGCAAAGCUCAUGAAACGUCAUAGAGGCCUGUCAGGGGAAGUUGUCAUUUCCAUCUAAGCCAUCCUAGGGAGGUAGCCUCGGGGCUCCGUGGCAGCGGUGCGUGGGCCUGCUCACCUGAAGAUCUCACCGUACCCAUGAGCGGUAAAAGUUGCUUCAAGUGUGGACGCUCUGGCCACUGGGCCCGGGAGUGUCCUAAGGGAGGAACUCGAGGGCGAACAGCAAGAGGUCGUACCAGAGGUCCCCAGUGCAGCUCCGCCAGCCAGUCCGAUGUUUGUUAUCGCUGUGGUGAAACCGGUCACUACGCCAAGGACUGCGAUCUUCUCCAAGACACCUGCUACAACUGCGGGAGAAGAGGCCAUAUAGCAAAGGACUGUACCCAGGCGAAACGAGAGCGGGAGCAGUGCUGUUACAUCUGUAGCCGACCUGGUCAUCUGGCUCGGGACUGCGACCGGCAAGAAGAACAGAAAUGCUACACUUGUGGUGAAUUUGGGCACAUCCAGAAAGACUGUACCCAAAUCAAGUGCUACAGAUGUGGUGAGAACGGCCACAUGGCGGUGAACUGCAGCAAGACAAGCGAAAUCAGCUGCUACCGCUGUGGCGAGUCUGGACAUCUGGCCCGGGAAUGCCCCAUUGAGGCUACCGCUUAGUACCCUCCCUUAAAUCCUCUCCUUUACUCUUAGUUACGCUAUUUCUAACAUUUCUUUACUAACCAAAAAGGUGAUAGAUGGAAAGUUACUCCUAUGCCAUUAUAAUUACCAUCGUAAAACAGGAAAAGACUUUGGGGGAGGGAGGGGAGCAGCCCGUCAAAAAUGUUAUAAUCGAUGUGCUGUUUGGUUGCCACAAAGAAAUUCACGGAGAGCACAACCAUUUUUGAACGGGACACAACUUUGAGCAUGCUUCAUUUUGACACACUAAAUUAGAAACUGCUAGUGAAAAAUCACAACAAGUUUGGAACAUCGCCUUUGAGUUUACUAACAAACAAUAUAUAUGUGUGUCACAUAGAGAUAAACCUCCUUGAAGCA